AAGCAAACUUUGGUAUUGCAUUUUAUCAUUAGUUCUGCGUCUUCUUCUUCCAGAUCUCUCUUUCUCUCUCUCUCUCUCUCUCUGUAAUCAAUCAUGUCGUCUUCAACUUUCAGCGGCGACGAAACGGCACCGUUCUUCGGCUUCCUUGGAGCCGCCGCGGCACUCGUUUUCUCCUGCAUGGGUGCUGCUUAUGGGACUGCAAAGAGUGGGGUUGGUGUUGCCUCCAUGGGAGUUAUGAGGCCUGAGCUUGUCAUGAAAUCAAUUGUUCCUGUGGUUAUGGCUGGAGUUUUGGGUAUCUAUGGGUUGAUUAUAGCUGUUAUUAUUAGUACGGGGAUAAACCCAAAGGCAAAAUCUUAUUACUUGUUCGAUGGUUAUGCGCAUUUGUCGUCCGGUCUUGCUUGCGGGCUUGCUGGUCUCUCUGCUGGAAUGGCAAUUGGAAUUGUUGGUGAUGCAGGAGUUAGGGCUAAUGCACAGCAGCCGAAGCUAUUUGUGGGUAUGAUCCUCAUCCUCAUUUUUGCUGAAGCCCUUGCUCUCUACGGUCUCAUUGUUGGGAUCAUUCUCUCAUCUCGAGCAGGCCAAUCUCGAGCAGAUUCUUGAAUUGUAAUCUAAAGUUGGAGUCAUCGGCUGUUAUGCUAUUUUUAAAUUUGAUACUUUCAUGAGAUAUCAUUUUAUUAUCUUAGUUCUGUGAUGGAUAUUCUAUAGAUAUGUCUAUGAUUGUUUUUAUAGAUGCCUUUUUAAAAGGAUGUUAUAUUGCAAGGAAGCUUUGUAAAGGUGUUGAUUAUUAAAAUUGUUUCCCUAC